AUGGCUCCUGAUUCUCUCAAAGAUUCUGGAAAAUUAAUGAUGUUAGAGGCUGGCUUCCAUCUGGACAAACAGCAUUUGAUAACUCUUCUGCAUAUAGUUGAUAAAAUGAUAUGUUCAUGUUCUUUUCUCUAUGCAUUACGGCGGUGGAAGCUUAUUUCUUUUAAUGGUGGUGAAUCCUUGACUCUCACUGAUAACUACACGACAUUUGUGCCAUUGAAGACGUUGAUUCACACCCUACCUCUUGCUCUGACCUAUUUGCUUUACAUGCUAACUACUAUGGAGUCUGUCCGCGGAGUAAAUGUACCCAUGUACACGACCCUUAGGAGGACGACUGUGGUGUUCACAAUGUUUGUGGAGUAUAUUCUAUCGGGGCAGAGAUAUACACGGCCUAUUGUUGGAAGUGUCGCACUGAUCGUGCUUGGUGCAUUUAUCGCUGGAGCUCGAGACUUGUCAUUUGACUCCUACGGCUAUGCUGUUGUCUUCCUAUCCAAUGUCACUACAGCAAUCUAUCUCGCAACCAUAGCUCGUAUUGGGAAAUCUAGUGGCCUCAACAGCUUUGGCCUCAUGUGGUGCAAUGGAAUUAUAUGUGGACCAAUCUUACUGUUCUGGACAUUUAUCCGAGGUGACUUGAAGAUGACAAUGAAUUUUUCAUAUUUUCUUUCACCUGGCUUUCUGGUCGUAUUGCUUUUAUCCUGCAUACUGGCUUUCUUCUUGAAUUACAGUAUAUUCCUGAACACCACUCUCAACUCAGCUCUCACUCAGACAAUCUGUGGUAAUUUGAAGGAUCUUUUUACCAUUGCACUUGGUUGGAUACUUUUUGGUGGACUUCCAUUUGAUAUUUUGAAUGUUAUUGGGCAAUUUCUCGGUUUUCUAGGCUCUGGGUUGUACGCCUAUUAUAAGCUCCUGGGGAAGUGACUGUUCAAGCUGCUCAAGUUUCCAACUGGAGGUAGCCGUCGAUGCUAUCAUUUUUGUUCUCGAUUUUGAUUCAACAUUCAUGGGAUAGUUGAGAGAGAGAUCUACUGACUUCACAUUAAGAGCAUAUUUCUUAGAGAGAAGUUCCUGAUCCAACUUUUUCAAGGGAAUCAUGGCAAUGCUUUUGCUUGAGUGAACUCCUUAAAGAUAGAUGGGUGUUGCGAACAGAAUAGGCAUGUAAGCAUAUCGCGGCAGCCACCUGCUGAAACUAUUUUCUUGGAUUCAGGCAUUGUAAAAGUGCUGAUACUCUCUUCCUGUAUCCCAACCAAAAACUAUGCAAAAUACUCCAUGGAAUGAAACAUGGUAGGUCAUUCAACUAUAGCAUUGAGAGAAUUCAACUCGGUAUUGUUAGAGUAGUUAGGUUAUUUAGACUUAGAGGUAGCUUAGUCAUUUUGUUUACUUUUAUGUUACCCUAGCUUAGUUUGAUUGUUUUCCUUUUGUCCUACUAUAUAGAGACCUCUUAUAUAGUAGUUUUCUUU